AUGGGUGGUUUAACAAUUGAUCGGUCGAAGACGAUACAUGUAUCCUUUCGCGGUCCUGCUGCCUCGGCAAAUGUGGCAAAUCAAUCGCGCGAAUGCGAAAAGGCGAAUGAAUUUACUGGGAAGAAAAUCAGGACGGUCAGAAGGUCAAGAUUUAGAGAAGAGGGAUUGGAUGAUGAGGUGAUUGAAAGGGUGGAUGUUGGGAGUCUGGGAGGGGAAUUCGCAACUGUAGGGACUGAAUUGAGGACAAGAAGUAUGUGGAAUGGAAUAUCGACAAACAUACCGACUUCGCCAGUUUCAGGGGAAAAGAGAGGAAGGAAAGAACCACAUGAUGAUGAGUCGAGGGCAGCAAAGAUUGGGAAGAGUGGCAGACCUACAAUUACGACUUCGAAUACACCCCCUACACCAUUCUCUACGAUGCCGAGAUUUGCACUACUCGCAUUUCUGAUUGCGGUGGUUGUGCCUGCAUUUGGGUACACUGGGAGGCAGAACAGUAACACGAAUUUUAUGAAGGGGAACGGUGCGGAUGCGGGUAUUAUAAGGGACUCUGAGUUUGUAGAUAAUGGGAGUAUGAUCGAGGGGAGGGCUGACAGUCCUACUUCGAUUUGCACAAGAUGGAGUCAUAUGACUGCGAAUGUCAAUGGAACGCUAUACAUAUAUGGAGGAGAAGCCACCACAAAGAGUGGGCAAACUACAGAUACUUGGAACAACAACUUCGUAACAUUAGAUCUUACAAAAUCAUGGCAAAUUUCAUCCCCAGUUCUAUCCGGUCUACCACAACCAUCAGGCCCACCUGCAGUAGCGAUGGGCUCUCUCUGGCACACAUAUGAUUCGUUGUUUCUAUAUGGAGGGGAAUUUUCGGACAGUCCACAAACUUCCCCUGCGGCAGUAGCAACAUGGAAAUAUGACAUUUCGUCGGCGACCUGGACGGAGUUUUCAAAUCCACAAACAUCGGCAGGGAAUGGUUCAGAUACUGCACCGGCGGAUGUUCAGCGUGCGGCGGAGGGUGCGGGGCUGAGUGUUCCAGAAUUGGGCAGAAGUUGGUAUUUUGGGGGACAUUUGGAUAUGUACACGACGCCCCGGUGGUCAAACCAAAUUGCCAGGAUAUAUUUGAAGAGUCUUCUAGAAUUCACUCAUCCUGGAUAUACAAAUACUGGAGUGACUUCAUUGGGAACUACGAGUGGAGCUGGUUCCGGUGGUGUAUACAGGAAUAUUACGCAAGGCGGCUUGCAAGAUGAGGCUGGCUUUACAGAGAGAGCUGAUGGUGUUUUGGUAUAUGUUCCUGGCUGGGGAGCAGAUGGAAUGCUGCUUGGACUGGCAGGUGGCACUAAUGAGACAUUUACGGAGAUGAAUAUUAUCGACGUAUAUGAUAUCGCAAAUAGUACUUGGUACAAGCAGCCUACUUCUGGAACAACUCCUCCCAUUCGUGUUGAUCCUUGUGCUGUCGUUGCUGCUGCGCCCGACGGUAGCAGUUUUAACGUUUAUUUAUAUGGAGGACAAAAUCUCAUUCCAUAUGGUAACCAAACUCAGUAUUCCGAUAUUUGGAUUCUAACCAUUCCAUCUUUCACUUGGAUUCAAGUCGAUAUGACAGACCAGUCUCAAUCGUUACCCCCAGCUCGAGCAGGUCACACCUGUAAUCUUUGGGACGGACAGAUGAUAGUCGUUGGAGGCUAUGUCGGUCAGGAUAUUUCGUGUGAUAGUCCUGGUGUAUAUGUCUUCAAUGCAUCGUCACUUCAAUGGACCAAUUCCUUUACAGCCCUCUCGUCUUCCUCUUCCUCAUCAUCGGACCAAGACUCCGAUAUCAUUAAAGGCUCGAUAGGCUAUACCGUUCCCGAUAUCGUACAAUCUGUUAUUGGUGGUUCAGGAAUGGGAGGUGCAACAGCGACUAUACCGGCAGCAGGAUCAGCAACUGCCGGUCCCUUAGCAACGGGAAAACCACCUACUUUCACAGUAACACAAUCCCCAUCUACAAUCACUUCUACCUCUACUUCUACUCCAACGUCAUCUCCUGACUCGGAAAAAAAAGGACCAAAUAAAGCCGCCAUUAUCGCUGGUGUCAUUGCAGCUGCACUGGCUUUUCUGGCUGGAUAUCUGGCGUUUUGUACUUGGCUUUAUAGGAGACAGUUGAACCUCUAUAAAGAUCAUGUGGCGAUGUCGCAGAGAACGGCUUUCGUGCCUGCCGGUAGAAUGUUUAGGGGCUCGGGUGGAUCAAGUCGAGAAGAUAGAGGGAUGAUGCUGGGACCGUUUGGGACGGAUAUCAGUGGCGCAGGUGGGGUACAGACGCCUAGUGUCAGGUCUGAAGGGGGAGGUCUCUCGAGUUCUGGAAAUGAAGGAAGUGGUAGCGGUAGUGGGAAUGAGGAUAGGGGAGGCGCAAGUGGAAGGGGGAGUGGAACGUAUGUUUUUGGAGGCGGAAUCAUGCCAGGAGGAGCAUCUUAUCAGACCAUCGAUGAAGAAGAUGAGGGGGUCGUAAUGGGAGGAAGCGAGAGUGUAAGAGCGGGAUGGAGGGGUCAUAGAAAGGGAAUGGGGAGUGUAGGAAGCACGGGGAGUAUUACGAGUAGUUUGGAGGAUUUACUGGGGGAUAGAGAACCAACUUUCUUUAAUGUGGUAAUGAAUCCGAGGAGGACGUUAAGGGUUGUUAAUAGUGAUUAG